GCUCUCUUUGUUGGGAUCCCAAAUAGCUUUCCCUUCCUCUCCCUCCCCCCUGCUCCCCGGCGCUACAGCGGAACCAAAAUGCGAGGAGCCGCGCAGGGAGGAGACACCGAAGCAGGAGCGGUGCCAAAGGAGACAUGAGCAGCACGAAGGACGUGACCUGCAGGUAUUUUGUACAAGGGGUAUGUCGUGAAGGAAAUAGGUGUUUGUUUUCCCAUGACUUGUCUACAAGCAAACCAUCUACUAUCUGCAAAUUCUAUCAAAAAGGACAGUGUGCCUAUGGAAGUCGCUGCAAAUAUGAUCACGUUAAACCUCUGGGGUCCUCUGCAUCCGGGGGCCCAGUGGGUUCUAGACCACUUUACAUCGCUGCACCACCAUUCCAAAGACUUAACUCUCCAUCAGAGCAAACCCCAACUGUUACCAAAAGUAAAGUACACGAAUCUGGAAAACGUGAAAAGAAAACCUUGGUGCUCAGGGACAGAGACUUGUGUGGAACCAAUGAAGAAAGGACAAUGCCAGGUUCAGUAAGUGACUUGGCAUGUUGCAGUAUGCCAGCCGAUAUACCAGAAGCAAAGCCGCAUUCGUAUUUAGAUGCUAUCCGCAGCGGGCUUGAAGACGGUGCUGAACCUGGGAGCUCAUAUGCCUAUGAUGAGCAGUUGUGUCCCUACGCAGCAGCCGGCAUGUGCCAGUUUGGGGACCGGUGCCUCUACCUCCAUGGGCAAGUGUGUGAAAUCUGUGGGUUGCAAGUACUCCAUCCCUUUGAUCCAGAACAGAGGAAGGCACACGAGAAGAUGUGCAUGGCUAGCUUUGAACAUGACAUGGAGAACGCAUUUGCCUUCCAAGCAAGCCAGGACAAAGUGUGCAGUAUCUGCAUGGAAGUGGUUUAUGACAAGCCAUCCGCAUCCGAAAGAAGAUUUGGCAUCCUUUCUAACUGCAAUCACACCUACUGUUUGUCCUGUAUCCGUCAGUGGAGGGGGAUCAAGCAGUUUGAGAAUCCCAUCAUCAAGUCCUGUCCAGAAUGCCGCGUGGUAUCCGAGUUUGUCAUUCCCAGUGUGUACUGGGUAGAAGAUCAGACAAAAAAGAAUGAACUAAUUGAAGCAUUUAAGCAAGGGGUUGGGAGAAAGCCCUGCAAGUAUUUUGAACAAGGAAAGGGAACUUGCCCAUUUGGGGGGAAAUGUUUGUAUCUCCAUGCUUACCCAGAUGGAAGACGAGCUGAGCCAGAGAAGCCACGAAAGCAGCUCAGCUCUGAGGGGACAGUCCGGUUCCUCAACUCUGUUCGUCUGUGGGAUUUUAUCGAAGACCGAGAAAACAGGACUCUGCCAGUUGCCAAUGAUGACGUAACUGAGAUUGGAGAGCUUUUUAUGCAUCUUUCUGGCACAGAUGCCGAAUCUGCUGCUCCUCCCUAGACUACCACAAGAUCUCUCCCGUGUCCAUAUUCCAUAUUGAUCCUUCUGUUUCUUCAGUAACUUUGUACCACAAUGUUAGGAUUACUGUGCCAUGGAGACUGAGGUCCUGGUGAAAUUCUAGUCUGAGUGUCACUGUAGAGCAAAAGUGUUGAAACAUCAUAAAAUGAGUGCUUGGAAUAAAAGUGAUAGAUGUAAUCAUGAAGAGAAGAACUUUUCUAUUAGAAGGGAAAGAGCAGCAAUGUGUUUUUAGUUUAAACAAAUAUUUACUCCCAUUUUAUUGAAAAAAACUUGCUAUUCUAAGAUUUGAGCUAGAUCCAAUUGGAGGUUGUCUUUUAAUAUUAUAAUAUCUUAAUAAAAGAAUGGAAAAAUGCAUCUAA